AUUAUAAUGAGAACAUCUCCUCGCGCUCUAUGGGAUUAUUGCGUGUUUGGAUGAGAACGCAUUGGGCAUCAUGAGUUCCAGUGCCCAUCAGCAAGUCUCAACACGCAGUGAGCGGAGCUCUGAGCGAAUCCGGUGCCAGCGGUGUCGAGAAGUAUGCAAAGGGGAAGUGGUUCGGGUUCAAGACACUCAUUUUCAUGUCAAGUGCUUCACCUGUACCGUCUGUAACUGUGACCUGGCACGGUCGGGCUUCUUCCAGAAGAAGGGCGAAUACAUUUGCACAGCAGACUACCAGCGUUUAUACGGCACACGCUGUGACCGCUGCAACAGCUUCAUCACUGGAGAGGUGGUCUCCGCUCUGGGACGCGCCUACCACCCUAAGUGCUUUGUCUGCAGUGUGUGCAGCAAACCGUUCCCGAUCGGAGACAAGGUGACGUUCAGCGGAAAGGAUUGCGUCUGCCAGCAGUGCUCCCACACACUUGUCAAGUCAAAUGAGCCCAUCAAGAUCCACGGACCCAGCCACUGUGCUGGAUGCGGAGCAGAGAUUAAACAGGGUCAGUCUCUCCUGGCGUUGGAGAAACAGUGGCACGUCAGCUGCUUCAGAUGUCAGACGUGCAACAUGGUUCUCACCGGGGAGUACAUCAGCAAGGAUGGAGUACCGUACUGUGAGGCAGAUUAUCAUGCACAGUACGGGGUGAAAUGUGAGACCUGCAACAGAUACAUCAGCGGACGGGUUCUGGAGGCAGGAGGGAAGCAUUACCAUCCCACAUGCGCUCGAUGUGCCCGCUGUAACACCAUGUUCAAAGAAGGGGAAGAAAUGUACCUGACAGGUUGUGAGGUGUGGCACCCGUUAUGCAAGCAGGCGGCGAGGGCAGAGAGAAGACUUAGACCCAGACGUCUAUCAGAGACCUCAAUCUCCCCCCCAGGAUCCUCCAUUGGUUCUCCAAGCAGAGUUAUAUGUGCCAGAGUGCAGAAUGAGAUCUUUGAUUAUAAGGACCUUGCAGCCCUGCCAAAGGUCAAGGCCAUAUAUGAGGUCCAACAGCCAGAUCUCAUAUCCUCCUCAUACCAGCCGUACCACAGAUACACCUCUGAUGAAAGGCUAGACACUUUCAGCUAUGGGGAGUCCCUUGGGACUCUCUCUCCAUAUUCUCAGGACUAUGACAAUCCGGAUGCCAAGCAGCACCGGUUCUCCAUUCCAGGUUAUAUUGACUCCCCGACAUACAGUCGUCAGGGCAUGUCACCCAUCACGCCUCGCUCUCCGCAGCACUUUGGCUACCCCGGUGAGAAAAGCUCUGAGAGUGGCAGGAGUUCGCCCUAUUAUGGCCAAGAUGGGCGAUCAAGCACACCCACCACAAACCAGCCCCCUAAACAUUUUCAUGUUCCAGCCACAGAGGACCCCAACAUCUACAGGAAGCCGCCCAUUUAUAAGAGAACGGAUAAUAUGGAAACAGCCACUAAAAGCAGAACUAGUGAGGAUAUCCUCCGAUCCUCCAGUCUGUCCACCUACUCUCCAGAGCCAUACAUGCAGUCUGAGUCGGACUAUUACCCAUACACCAGCUCCCCAAGAGCCUAUUGGGCACCAAGAAGACGCUUCUCGACUGGAGGAGAUGAAGAGAGUUGGAGUCAGGGUCUUCAAAGAAUUGGGAGUGGCAUCGGACGGAUGAUCCUCAAGGAAGAGAUGAAAGCCAGAUCUGGUUCCUAUGACAACGAUCCCUGGGGGAGCGCCAGGAAUUCUCGUUGCGGGAGCAAGGAAACACUGAACACGACAGGCUAUGGCACAACGGCGUACAACAACACCAUCAACGGCUCUCCAAGAUCUCAGUACAGCACUGAUAGCGACUUUGGCUGCAAGUCAGCCUCCCUUCCAGGAUACGGGCGCAAUGGUAUUCAGCGGCCUCAGAGCGCUGAUUGCUACCAGUAUCAGUAUGACGCCGGCAGCGAGGUCAACUGGGGAAGCAGAGCUGAAUAUAAGAUUUAUCCGUAUGAAUCGCUCAUCGUUACCACAAGGGGGCGGAAUAAGCUUCCUAAAGACGUUGACCGAGCGAGGCUAGAGCGCCACCUUUCCCCAGAAGAGUUCGUCCAGGUGUUCGGCAUGAGCGUGGAGGAUUUCGACCGGCUGGCUCUGUGGAAGAGGAACGAGCUGAAGAAACAGGCUCGGCUGUUCUAGAAGCGCCCGAAUGUUGAACGCCGCUGCAGAGAGAAACCCGACGCUGACUAGAGAACGGACCGUGAGGAGGAGAGAUUGCUUCUCAGCUCCACUGCCACGUCUGAGAACCUGUUCUGGAUCUCAACAGACGAUCCCACACAGAGUGGAUCUCUGGGAUACUUUCAGAGACGGACUGAACAUGAACAUGUCUGUACCCUGUAGUGAAAUGUAAGCAAUAGAGACUGUCACGCUGUAGUGUUUUGGUUUUAUAGUCGGGGCUGAGCUCCCCUGCAGCCGCAGAAGCCGCCUGUGGCCCGACUAAAACAAGCUGAGGAGGAUUUGGCUUUGCCUUACUUGUUAAAUGCUCUUUUAGUUAUGAGUGUGCAGCACCAGCCAUCUGAAGGAGUAGAAUGUAGAAACAGUGUGUAGUUUCUCAUUUGGACUGAUUCCAGCAUUCGCAGCAUCGCCUCCCUUUGGUCCAGGGGGCAUUUUCUUCAUAUGUUACUUCUUUUUCACAUAGAACAGGGCCGCUUUAUUUGACUGCGGGGUGCGAAACCUUUUAGCUGUUUCCGGGACCUGCUUUGAUUUUCU